GUGAUAGGAAUAUCCUCUUGCAGGCCAGUGUAUGGGUUAAGCCUGACCCUCCUUUCCUUGCUUUAUGCUGACAUUUUUGCAGGGUGUUUCAACAUUUUUGUCUCCUUACGUGUUGCAAGGAAGUUGCCAGAUGUGAAAGCAGCUGAAGAGGGGAGGGAGAAAAAGCUGAAGUGGGCGUGCGGAGCCUCUGACCCUCUCUCGCCCACUCUCUGCGCCAGCCUCUCCCUGUUCGCCGCAGCUUUAGGGGGGCUAUGGAUGGACUGCGCUUACCUCCACUCAUCGAGGAGGCUCUGGACUCUACAGAUGACCUGUGCGAUCUGAAGGCAGAGAGCAGCCCCACCAUGGACAAUGAGAUUACGGCAAAGGAGAGAGGAGUCCUCGAGGAGAACAAUGAGAAAGAGGAGAUGGACCAGGAGAGGGGUCAGGAGGAGGAGGAAGGUGAGGAGAAGAAGCUGAGGGAGGAAGAAGGAGAAGGGGAGGAGAAGAGGAAGAAAGAAAAGGAGCCGCUGACAGAGGAGCAAGAGCUGGAGGAGCUCAGGGCCCAGGUCCUGCAGCUGCUCCUGGAGCUGGACGAUGCCAGAGAGACCUCCAACAAACAUCAGGAGAGUUUUAAUGAGCUCCAAGGUCUGCUGGAGGAUGAGCGUCUGGCUAGUGCACAUCAGGCAGAGGCUUUCACACGCCAGAUUCAGAAUCUACAAGCCCAGCUGCGCUGUGUCCAGGAGGAGAUGGACAGCCUGGAGGAGGAGAAGGACAGUGAGCUGGCAGAAGCCCAGGAGGAGCUGCGAGUCGCUCAGGAGGAGGUACUGCUUCUCCAACAGGCAGCUGAGGAGGCAGCGGCUGAGAGAGAAAACGACAUCGCCUCCCUGCAGGAGGAGCUGUGCCGCCGGCGAGCAGAGCUGCAGCGACUGAGUACUGAGACCCAGGAGUAUGAGCUGGAGAUCACCACGCUGAGGGCAGAGAUCAACAUGAAGAGUCAGCGUAGGGAGGUGGAGAGGAGAGAGGGUGAUGUGGACUUGCUGAAGGAAGAGUGUCAGACCCUGAAGGAGGAAUGUCAGACCCUGAAGGAGGACAACAGACGCCUGUCGGACAGACUGCAGCUGCUGCAAAGACAGAGGACAUGCUCCAGCAUCUACCUGUCACUGAAAGAAGAGGAUGCCAUCCAGGACACAGAGGGGAAGGAGAUGGAGACUGGCUCAGAUGAGGUUAUGACAGAGAGCUAUAUGACCAUGGCCCGGUUGGAGAACUCUCAGUUGGUGGAUGCCUCCAUUCAAAAGAAUAUUUCUUUUGAUGGGAAGCCUGUGACACCGAGUAGCUGGAACGGAGGCAUCGGCGAGAUUUUCUCCCUGAGAGACCAGCUGAAGCAGGCAGAGGAGAAGGCCUCACAGGUUCAGAGAGAGUGUGACAGUCUGAAAGUGGAGCUGCAGGAGCUGCAGAUUCUGUACGACAGCAGUCAGAGGGAGAGAGCAGAGCUGCAGGAGGAGCUGCAGCGGUGCAAGGCUGAGCUGGAGAAGCUGUCCACUGGGGCUCAGAGAUUCAUCCAUCCGUCUGAGCACCCUGUUCUCUCCAUCCCCUUCAUAGGAAUGAUUAUAAUAGUGGCUGUGGUCUGGUGCUGGUUGUCGGAGCUGGCGUCCCAGAGAGCAAGGGGAGUGAGAUAGGUUGGAGCUCCAUUUUGACUGUUACUGCAGCCACUGCGGUACUACUAAUGAUGACUAGCUUGUUGAGAGCACUGGUCCGACGCUGAUUGGAUGGGCGACAACUGCACAAGGACGACGGGUGUUUGCUUCAGACCAGCGCUCUGUCUCUCCCAUUGUUUCCAUAGACUCAACUGGAAGUUUGUUAAACGUGAUAGGGCUGGAAACUGUUGUAGAAUGAGAAAUUUCGACUCUAAUGAGCAGGUACGACUUACGCACACAGACUGAUAAAAAUGUGUUCAGUCUUGAUGACUGACGUUCCAUGAGAUUGCUGCGAUGAUGAAAUGAGCUGCAGAGAGCCUACAUGAGCACUGAUCUCACUCCACUAAAUGAAUGCUAGUGCUGUGUCAUGUCUGUGACUAUCAUUUUCUGUACAAUGUGAUAAAAUGAAGGUUUUUACUCUUACUGUGCUUCAAAUAGUUUUUGGUUGAUUGUAUUUAUUUAUGUUGUUAUAAAUGCUUAUAAAUGUUCUUAGCUGUCUCUGAUAAUAAUGAGAAAUACAAAGUCUGCAUGGUCAAUGCACUGAAUCCCAAAUAUGUACACAUUCCCUAGGGAAAUGUACAGACAGAGCAGUUCAGCUUUUGUUAACUAGUAAACUCAAAAUACAAAGAAAUAAAAAUUAGUAAUCACAAGAUAUUUAGUAAAUAACAUCACUCUACUAUUGUUUCCUAUUGUUUUAAAUAAAAAUUGUGAACAAAUUCAUUGCUUCUAUAGAAGUAUGGCUUAGUAGGCAAAUGUCAACCCUUUGCUCCCGUCAACCUUUAACCCUGCAGCUCCCCUGGUAAAUGGCACUUUUUUUUAAACAGUAUUUUUGUCACUUAUGUGCUAUCCAGUCUCUGUCAGUCUUCUGCUAGUCUCACAUUUUCAUAUGUCUAACUAAAGGACUCCUACAAUCCCCUUUAAUUAUCCAGACUAAUAGCAGACUGCUUUGCUAUAGAGCAGUUUUGGGUUUGUAUCUGUGGGAGCAAUUUAUUUUUUAUUUAUUUAGGAAUUAAUUCAAAUUUUAUGGAAUCUUUAUGGGCACUACUAUGUGGACUAUAAAAGCUUAACUUAUUUUUAUGACCCCCACAUGUAUAAAAAAAAAUAGCUUAUUUUUCUCCAAGUGUGCAGUUUUGUUGUUUCAGGUACACUGAGUGAGAAUGCUGACUCGUAGCACUCCUUUUUUUGUCUUUAUCUUACAAAUCUGAAGGGGCACCAUUUUACAUCUUGGGUCUUGAUUAGGUCACUGAUACAGCUAUACAGUCAGUAGUAGUUUGCAGAGAGUAGUUUUGCUCAGAAACAAACAGGAGAGUGUCACAAAUAUUAAUGACUAAAAAAGACUAUGUAUGUGGAUAUAUUGUUUACGGUUGUGAAGUGUUUUUUGUGAAGAUCUUUUAAAAACUGAAAAAGCAUGCUAUAAAACCUAUAGAAGCACAAAGUAUGAUUUAUGUUCUGUUCUAUUGGUUCUGUUGCUUUGUAUUUCAUGUAAAUAGAUGUGACAUAUAGUACUAUGGGAGAGAUAUUUCUUAAAUUCAUUUGUAAUAGCUUUGUAGAAAGUCUACUCUAUUUUGAAAGAGCAUCGUAUAUUUGAUAUCAAAUUAUAUGCUAUGUAAAUGUUUAUUUAUGGUGAUGUUAAUCAGAUGAAAAGCUAAUGAUUUUCAGUACCACUUUUCAAAGGUCUCGUAGUCAUUGCAUGCAUUUAGACUGACGUUUGUCACCAGAGAGCAACAUGACUCCUGGUUUUGCCAGUUCAUGUCAUGACAGAAUUGUACUAAAAUCUUUCCUGAGAACAUUUGCCAUUACACCAUGAUAAUCAAAGCCUGAUCAAUGUUAUUUCUGUAUAUAAAGAUAACUGAAACACAAGAAAUAAGGCCCCUUGACUGCAAAGUUUUUUCUCAUGUAUUGAGAAUAGUCACUUUCCCAUUGACUGCAACAGUACAUAUGAAUGUCUGAUUCAGGAUGUUAUUUGUCAUUGCUUCAGGAGUAUUAACAUUAUCAUCACAAGCUUCUAUAUUGCGCAGUGUUCUUCUUCUUGCUGCUUCUUUAUGAUAGUAUUGACGUUUGUGAUAUAGUUGUGGCUAUUUUGUUACCUGGAGGUCUAUUUUGUACUGUAAAUGACUUGAGGAAAUAAAUAUACCUAGCCCACA